AUUCCGCCGAUAUUGAAACAAUUUGGAAUAAACUGACACCGCAAGAACGAGCGGAAUUUCAGCAAAAAUUUAUUGGUGGAAAUCCAGAAAACUUUCUAGAACUUAUCGAUGAAUUACCAUUAUGGAAACCAUGGUGGGAAAAUACAUCUGAUAAGAUAAUAGAAGUUUUGCCUCAAGUAAUGGAACGUGAAACUCAAUUAUCAGAAUCUUUCCAAAUCAAACUCAAAGACUCAUCAUCGCAGAGACCACAGAUACUGUCAAAUAUAAAAAGAAUUGAGGAACUAACAAAGAAAUCUCCAAAUCCUGCUUUGGCUUUGAACCUUAUAAAUAUUUUAUAUGUAUAUGCGUACAUAUCCCGAAUAUUUAACGGUUCAAUUCACGAAAACGUUCAAGAUUCAAUAAAUAUACUUUGGGAAUUAUCUCCUAUCCUGAAUGCUACAGAAAAUGUAGUGUUUCAGAGUGUAGAUGAGGCUAUAAUGGCUAGCUAUAUCAUAAUUCUUCAAAAUCCGAAAUAUAUGCAGCCUCCAGAAUUUCAAUCUUUAAUCUUGGGUGACAUUAUUUGUUUACUUAAAUCUAUAGAUUCAGUGCUUGCUGCGUUUUCAGAUCUUUAUCGUCUCUUUCAAUCGCAACAACAAACUGCACAAAAGUCCACUAUUAAAAAUUCAACAUAUAUAAAUUCAUUACCUCAACAAGAUGUGACUGUUUUGAAAAUUUUGAGGCAUGAAGUUGAAGCAGAGCGAGAAAGAUAUAUUAAGGAGGGACAGGAAUAUAAGAAUGAUAAGAAAAAAAUUGAGGUAGUAUUUGAAAAUAAACUAUAUAGCAAGGAUAAAAGUGAAAUUGAUAAUAAUAAUAAAAAUAGGCUUAUUACUGAAAUUUGA